AUGGUGGAGACGAUCACUGCUUCUUUUCGAAAAUGUUCUCUGAACCAUAAGGGUGGUCUUGAGGAAGACGACGGUGUUAACAAGGUUCUAAACGGUGCCGUUUCCAAGCUCAAUUCCCAUGUCUCCCUCCCUUACUACUUGAAACAACAAUGCCUCGACCUGAAGACGGCGGAGGUUCGCUGCAUGAACCGGAGGGACGGAGUGAAGCCGGUGGAUGAUCCAAGGACGGAGAACGGCGGAGAUUACUCCUACGAUGGAGAAGGCUACGACUAUGAUGAUGAUGAUGAUAUUUGGUAUGACAGCGACAGCGACAGUGACGACUACUCAUCAUCGUCCGAUGAUGACGACGACGACGAUGACGACGACGAUCAUGAAGAACUCGAGGAAGAAGAGUACGACAUACUGGUAGCGGUCGGUUGCUCGAGGUGCUACAUGUAUCUCAUGGUCCCCAAGAAAUCUAACGCUUGCCCUAGAUGCAAUGGUCCUCUUAUUCGCUUCGACAAUGGCGAACCAUCGUAUCCAUGA